AUGUAUUACCCUGAACAGGGAAAUGCAUUCAUAGAGGAAGAGGCCGAAGUUUCAGGAGAAGACAACUCAUCUGAUGAGCAUGAAGAGUUUGAUGAUUACUUUGAUCCCAGUUUCAUAGACAACAACACAGAAGUACAGCACAUGAAUGACACAGGUAUGCUGUACCACAUGAAAAUAUUUUCUGUCACCACUCUGCCAAAUGAUUAUGCUCAUGUGAUGUAGUCUGUCGUUAUCCUCUUGUGAUGCAUUUGUUAAGCAUCGUUCGGAAGUCAUUGAUAUAAUGACAAUAAAUGUCAUAUAUUUUACUGUCAGAGAUGAGGGCUGUUUACCUGAAGUCAGUCAAGAGUCCACUCUUACACGCCAUGCCUGGUCGUUUUAAGUUACAGUACAACAGGCAGAGCCACAGGGAUGUGGACAUCUACAGCCAGACCCAGCCUGAGGACCUAGGCAUGUCUGAGUAUGAGGAGGACAGUUUCUGUGUUGGAAGUGAUGAAAGAGGUUUGCUAGUGUUAGUUAAUCCGUAUGAUCAUAGGGUAGCUGGUUUUCUUUAUGAUCUCAUUGCCUAUGUUAAUUUAUUCCCACAUAAGGUUAAUUUUUUAGUAAUCGUUAUAGGUUAUGAAAUUUAAGAAAAAUUAAAUUAAAUUUUUGUAUCUUUUCUGUGGAGUUUAAGAGAUUAGCUUCAUUUUGUUACUUAAAGUGUAUGUAAAUAUUUCAAAUUUUUUUUUCAUUCAGAGACUAGUCACACAGAAGAAGAGUGUUCAGAGAGAUUCACUAAAAUAUCUAAGCAGCCGAAGAAAGGGAAAAAGUUGGCUGGCAAGCGAAGAAUCCAGUUGAUGUGUGACUCAUCAAGUGAUGAGGAGGCUGCCCAUCCAUUCCCGAUGACCCAGGAUUUCUCAGUAACUGACUUGAAGAGGGUCAAAAAGGCACUGCUCAGCAGCAGUGAAGAUGAAGAGGCAAAAACUCUGUCUAAGCUGUCUCCAAACAACAAAUUGAGCGACAUUGAAAGUUGUGAUAAUGGUGCCGCAAGAAGCAAUCCUCCUUUAGACAGUAGCUGUGAGAAGGUGAAGCCUAUGAUGGGUGCUGAGCUCGAUGACAUGGCUCAAACUGUGAACUUUAAUUUACUAGAAGACGAUGAUUGGUAUGACGACACAGACUUCCUAC